AUGCACGGCCGCCAUAUUGGCAAGGGCGGGGGGCUACCGCGCAUGCGCGGCCGCCAUAUUGGCAAGGGCAAGGGGCUACCACGCAUGCUCGGCGGCCAUAUUGGCAAGGGCAAGGGGCUACCGCAUAUACGCGGCCGCCAUAUUGGCAAGGGCAAGGGGCUACCGCGCAUGCCCGGCCGCCAUAUUGGCAAGGGCAAGGGGCUACCGCGCAUGCACGGCCGCCAUAUUGGCAAGGGCGGGGGGCUACCGCACAUGAGCGGCCGACAUAUUGGCAAGGGCAAGAGGCUACAGCGCAUGCGCGGCCGCCAUAUUGGCAAGGGCAAUGGGCUACCGCGCAUGCGCGGCUGCCAUAUUGGCAAGGGAAAGGAGCUACCACGCAUGUGCGGCCGCCAUAUUGGCGAGGGCAGGGGGCUACCGCGCAUGCGCGGCCGCCAUAUUGGCAAGGGACAAGGGCUACCGCGCAUGCGCGGCCACCAUAUUGGCAAGGGCAAAGUGCUACUGCGCGUGUGCGGCCGCAAUAUUGGCAAGGGCAAAGGGCUACCGCGCAUGCGCGGCCGCCAUAUUGGCAAGGGCGGGGGGCGAUUGCGCAUGCGCGGCCGCCAUAUUGGUAAGGGCAAUGGGCUACUGUGGAUGCGCGGCAGCGAUGUUGGCAAGGGCAAGGGGCUACCGCGCAUGCGCGGACGCCAUAUUGGAGAGGGCGGGGGGCUACAGCGCAUGCGCGGCCUCCAUAUUGGCAAGGGCGGGGGGCUACCGCACAUGCGCGGCCGCCAUAUUGGCAAGGGCAAAGGGCUAACGCGCGUGCGCGGCCGCAAUAUUGGGAAGGGCAAGGGGCUACCGCGCAUGCGCGGCCGCCAUAUUGGCAAGGGCGGAGGGAUACUGCGCGUGUGCGGCCGCAAUAUUGGCAAGGGCARAGGGCUACCGCGCAUGCGCGGCCGCCAUAUUGGCAAGGGCAACGGGCUACCGCGCAUGCGCGGCCGCCAUAUUGGCAAGGGCGGGGGGCGAUUGCGCAUGCGCGGCCGCCAUAUUGGCAAGGGCGGAGGGAUACCGGGCAUGCGCGGCCGCCAUGUUUGCAAGAAGGGCGGCAAUCGCGAAUGCGCGGCCGCGAACGUGGAAAGGGCAAGCGGUUAA